CCGGCGGGCCCCCGCCGCCCACCGAUUGGCCAGAGCGCCGGCGUGGCGGGUAACUGCCGCGGAGCUCGUGGCGGGCUGGGCCGUGGCCAUGGCGUCGUGCGCUGCGGAGGAGCCGGGCGAGGAGCCGGGAAAGGGGACCAGCCGGAGGCUGCCGCUGUGCAGCCAGGGGGAGGACACGGGGGGGGACGCCGCCCCGCUGCCGGCCCAAUGCUCGUCCCAAGUGGGCGCCAUGAAGCGGAGGGACACGGUGGCGCUGUACUGUGACCAGCUGCUGCGGGGCUGCAGGGCAGAAGAUGCUAAUGAGGCAAUGAGUAAGUACCUUUUGGAAAAACUGAAAGUAAAAGAGAAAUGGCUUGGAAUCUGGAAGACCAAUCCAGAGCUCUUCUUUAUCAAUUUUGAGGAUGUCAUUAUACCUUUUGUUGGAGUACUUGUUGAGGUUACUUGGAAACCACCCCAGAGCUCCUCCUCUAACUUAAAAGCAUCUAUAUCCAUUGCUGAGCCAUUUUCCUCUAAUAUUGCAAAUAUUCCAAGAGAGCUGGUUGAUAAUGUUUUAGAGGAAUUGGACCACUGUGUUCCUCUGUUGGAAGUCUACCCUAUUGAGGGACAGAAUACUGCAGUAUUUGAUAUUGCCCAAGCUUUGGAUGUUGUGAGGUUUUUCUAUGACUUCCUUUGGAGAGACUGGGAUGAUGAUGAAAGCUGUGAGGCCUAUGCAGCUCUGAUAGAAGAGAGAAUUAAAAUUUGGUGCGAUAUUGAGAGUGGGAUUAUUCCUGCUCCAAUUGGUCAUCGUUUUAGGAAACAUCUGGAGAAGUAUAAGAACAUGCAUUUGGAAUUGGUUCAGUAUCAAAGCAAUAUUAAAGAAGAACCUUCAGCAGAAGAAGCUGUUGAAUGCUGGAAAAAAUACUAUGAGUUAGUAAUGCUAUGUGGAUUGCUGAAAAUAUGGGAGGACCUACGUCUCAGAGCCCAUGGACCUCUGACACCAAGGAUCCUAAGACGUAGAAAAGGAUACAGAAGUGAUGGAAAACCUGUAACUCAUAUUGUAGCUAAAACAAUGACAGCAGAAAUGGUUAAAGAUUUUUCUGUUGACACACUGAUUCAACAACAUGAUAAUUUAAACUUGGCUUUGGACAGCUGUUACAGUGGAGACAAUGUGGUCAUUUUCCCAGGAAAAUAUAAGGCUGUGAACCUUUCAAUGUUAACUGAAGAUAUUAUAAUUAAAGGAGUUGGAAGACCAGAAGAAAUUGUGGUUUUUUCAGAACCUACUCAUGAAAGCUUUGUGGUAUCAAAAGGCCAAAAUGUGAAACUAAUGCACCUUACUUUGGUACAGCAAGGGACAAUUGAUGGUAUUGUAGUUGUUGAAUCUGGUCACAUGACUUUAGUAAACUGUAUAUUGAAAUGUGAAGGAACUGGAGUCUGCGUACUUACUGGGGCUUCAUUGACUAUUACAGACAGUGAGAUCACUGGAGCUCAGGGUGCUGGUGUUGAGCUGUACCCAGGUAGCACAGCCAAUCUGGAGGGUAACAAAAUUCACCACUGCAGUAACUUCAACAGCAGCGAGACAUCACAGGGUACCCUAGGAGGAAUUAAUAUCAAGGUGGUUCCAAUACCCAAGCUGAAGAUGAAAAAUAACCACGUUUAUAGUAACAACGGCCAUGGAGUGACCAUCCUUCAGCCUACAGACCAGCUCAGUACUGUAGCAGAAGGGAUCCUGGAGUUCACUGCCUCAGGUGAUGCAGAGGAAGAUACUGUUUCCAAACUAAUCCAAGACCUGAGCUUGGAGAUGAGCAAUAACACAUUAGAUGACAUUAACAGUAUUAGUGUGGUUAACAGUUAAACAUGCAGCUGACAUGACAUUUGGUACAUAAAGUUCUGAUUAAAGAAACAGUGCUUCUGAUUUAGGUCAGUGAAACUCUCUUUAAAUUUAAAUGUGAAAAGUGACUGAUGUUGCCUUUAUGGAUUAAGUUAGUGCAUCCUGUGCUUAAAGCUGAACAAAGAACACAACAACCCAAAAACAAAAC